AUGAAUUUACCACAUCUCAUUUUAUUCUAUUUCUAUUUUUUCGAACACGCAGAAGCAAGCAAAGCCGAAGCGAAAUUGUACAGGGAUUUACUCGCCGACUAUAAUUAUUUAGUGCGACCUGUUCGCAAUCCGACUAAAGCUUUAACAGUAACCAUGAACGUGUUCAUACAGCAAGUUCUUACCGUCGAUGCGAAACAUCAAAUGAUUGAAAUUAAUGCUUGGCUAAAAUAUGUAUGGACGGAUUAUCGUUUAAGAUGGCGACCGGCAGAUUACGACAACAUUACAUCAGUGAGGUUUUCUGGAGAAGAACAAAUUUGGCAGCCCGAUAUUCUUUUAUACAACAGAUAUAUUGAAAAUGAGCAAGAAAGCUUUGAUAGCACAUUUAAAACAAACGCUCUGGUUUACCACGAUGGUGUAAUUAAUUGGAUUCCACCCGGAAUUUUCAAGAUUAGUUGCAAAAUGGACAUUACAUUUUUUCCAUUCGAUGAGCAAAUUUGUUUCAUGAAAUUUGGCUCAUGGACGUAUCACGGCUUUGCGUUAGAUUUGAGAAUCGCCCAAAAUGGAACACAAGAACCAUCGGCAGAUCUCUCAACCUAUAUUCUCAACGGAGAAUGGCAUCUGAUUUCUGCUCCAGCUCAUCGUGAAGAGAAGUUUUACAAAUGUUGCAAAGAACCGUAUCCGACAGUGAAAUUUUAUCUUCAUCUUCGUCGACGAACAUUCUUCUACGUCUUCAAUGUGCUCCUUCCAACAUUAUUGGUCACGUUUAUGACACUUUUAACCUUUUGCCUUCCAGCUACCGAUUUGAGCGAAAAGAUUGGCUUGCAAACCACAAUUCUGCUGUCAGUUUGCUUCUUUUUGACGAUUCUCUCCGAAAUGACUCCAACUACAUCGGAAGCCGUUCCCUUAUUGGGUGUCUUGUUCUCUGCGCUGACUAUGAUCGUUGCAAUUUCAACAACAUUCACAAUUUUCGUUCUGAACGUAAGAUAUCGCCAAAUAUCGAACCAUUCGAUGGGACCAUUGUUUCGCUCAGUUUUCGUCGAGUUUCUUCCGUGGUUGAUGAUGAUCAAAAGGCCGGAUUACAAAUUUCGACGAGGUUCUUCUUAUAAAGACGAUCAUUCGCAACAAUGUGUGCAAUGCGCAAGAAGCGGCGAAUUGAAAGGAAUUCUGAGAGGGUCUGAUGGAGAGUCUGAUGUCGAAUUGAGCCAUCGGUUCCCUUCAGAAACGUUGUCUCUGGAAAGAAAAGUUGGAGAUGGGCUUUUUAUGCAAAAACGAUGCGAGAUUCAUGAACAAAGACGAUUCGAACACUUUGAAAAAGCGAUGAAAGCCUGCGAACAAGAAGUUAAAGAAGAAGCUUCUGAACUCACCAAUAUUCUAUUAAGUACAUUUAAAAUGUAUGAAUCCGUCGUUCAAGAAGUAUACAAAAUUAAAAAGCGAUUCGACCAGCGGAAUAAGUAUCGUCAAAUCGAAGAAGAAUGGAAAUUUGCCGCCAUGGCAAUCGAUCGAUUCUGUCUUUUCUUGUUUUUGAUUGUUUUGAUCAUUUGCUGCUCAAUGUUUGCUUUCAUUCCUCCAAUCAAAAUUCUCGAUUAA